AUGGAUUUUGUGGCAGGUUUGCCCACUACCGUGGGAGGUUUUGAUUUUAUUUGGGCUGUGGUUGACCGAUUAACCAAAUUGGCUUAUUUCAUUCCAGUUAAGGUUAAUUUCACGGCAGAUAGGUUAGCUCAUCUCUAUAUUAGUCAGAUUGUUAGGCUCCAUGGGGUUCCGGUUUCUAUAAUAUCGAAUCGGGGCUCAUUUCACAUCUCACCUCUAGGAGGCCGUGCAGCAUGGAUUGGAUACCCGAUUGGAUCUGAGUACCUCAUUCCACCCUCAGACUGUCCGUCAGAUCAACGCUUACCCUUGGCAAAGUUCGCUUACAAUAACAAUUACCAUUCUAGCAUCCAUAUGGCUCCUUUUAAGGCCUUGUAUGGACGGAGAUGUAGAUCGCCCAUUGAAUGGUUUGAUUCUGUGGUGGUGGACACCGAUUUGAUUCGAGAUGCCAUGGAGUGGGUUCGACUGAUUCAGGGUAGGUUGUUGACAGCUCAGAGUCGCCAUAAGAGCUAUGCGGACAUGUGGGUUCAACCCUUGGUAUUCAUGGUCGGGGAUCAGGAUCUGAGCCUGGUGCCUCCUGUUCAUAGCUUCCCUGUUGAUUGGACCGAGCUUCUGGCUGACUGGUCUUGA